GUCAAUCUCAUCAUAAAUUACACACAACAUCUCAUCCCUCUCAUCCAUUCCUGAGUCUCAGACUCCUUGUCUGUCGACUCCUAAUUGUAACUCAUAAUCGAAAAUGAAGAUCACCAUUCCCCUCACAAGUCUAUUUCUUGGGUUCGCGAGCUAUGCGACUAUCAAUGCUCAAACUGCAGCCGAUACAAUCAGUUCAUGUCAAGCCCAGAAUUCUGAUAAUUUCAUAUUCGCAAACUACGACGGAGACCUAGCAGUCACUUACCCACAUUCCCUCUGUUUCCCAUUCGAAAUCUUCAACAACCCUCUCAGUUCCGCCCUUUUCUGUCGUGAUGCACAUUGUUCAUUCUACAGUGACGACGACUGCACAACACCCUCAGAUUUCUCAAUCACACCCAUCCCUUUCAUUCAAAGCCAAGGUCUUCCUACGAAACUAACAUCUAGCUUGGGGUGGAAGAGCGCGAAAUGUGGAAGUAGUUUGAUAGGAUUUACUUUAGGACAAUAGGAUAAUUGUCCAUAGCGAAACAAAACCUUGUGGAGAACAUGCGAAAAAGUUCAUUUUUACUAUGUACAAGGAGGACGAUUUUAUUUGAAUUGAUUGCCUGCUUUUUUUCUUUUUUUGAUAAUAGAAUAUUGUACUGUCUUUUAUUUCACGGGACUGAGUGACAGAGUGAAGUGGAAGUGGAAGUGAGAGCCAAACCGAAGGCACCA